CAUGAUCGCCGGCUCACCGCAGUUUUCUUCUCCAACUCGCCCUCAUUCACACACUCCUUGAUGGUAAAACCCUAACAAAACUUCUCUCUCACACCAUAAUUUUUUCUGCAAAUAUGUUCUCCAGCAAAACUCUCCUGAAAACCCUAAUAAUAUCCUUGUAAAGCUCGAAACUUUUCAUUUGAAAUUGAGAGCGUUAAUGGCACUCCAACUGCAUAAGUUGUUGAAUUCUAAUUGCUUCCGCCGAAACUUGUCUGUGUCGUCUCCUCCACGCAUUAUGAACUACAUGAAAGGGAACGCAUCGUAUUCUACUACAAAUCCUUGUUUCAAUGGUAAAUUGGGUCAACUUCAGUUAAUAAGCCCAAGAGAGGAAUGCAGGAUCCUAACAAUCGAUUUAAGGAUUUAAGAUUCAAGGUUGGAUAUGAUUCUCAGUUCUUUAGAAGUUUUAGUACUGCUAGGCAUCAUGGAAAUUUAACCAAUUUUCCGAUUCAAUCUCAUUUAAGUGUAGGAAUUCCGAAAUCGCGAACAGUAGGAAGUAGUUUUAGGUUGGCUGUAUUAUUUUAUGAAGGUAAUGGAAGGAGGCUUUUUUCAGCAAAGCCGUCGAACCAAAAACCUAAGGUUCCAAGUGCAAUAGUGAAUAAAAAUGAGAAUGCCUCUGUGGGAGGAGAAUCUAGUCGUAAAGCUUUUUAUGCACCUCGGAAGCAGACAAGGACUCUGGGUGUUCGUAGUAGCACUGGCGGUCAUGGAGGAAAGCAGGUUGCAGUUGAGAAGCAGGUUGCAGAAGGAAAAGAUUCUAAUAAUCAAGUUGCACAAACUGGGGGCACAUUGAAACCGGCUGAUAGGGUUACCAUAGGUGUCAAGAAGAGUGUAGACGAGUCACCCAUCUUAACAGAAGCUAAGGUUAAUGGUAAUGACCAUAAAGGGAAGGCUCUAGCUAAUAAGAAGCAUAAGUCAGGAAAAAAAGGGCACGUUCAGGAUGAUACUAGCACCAAAGUCCUCUCUGCUACGACCAAAGCCGGAGAUUUUAAAGAAGUUAUCGUACCAGAGAAUGCUAACGUCUCUGUGGGAGAUAGAGGGGAACCGUCCCGCAAAUCUUUUUAUGCACGUCGGAAGCGGGCCAAGAUGUUGGCUAUUCAUAGUAGCAGUGGUGAUGGAGGAAACCAGGUUGCAGUUGAAAAGAAGGUUGUAGGAAAAGAAGUUGCUGAAAGUAACAAAAAAGUUGCACAAGCUGUGGACACGUUGAAGCCCACAGAAGUUCGCAUAGGAGAUAAGAAGGAUGCACAACAGUCAUCCAUCUCAACAGAAGCUAAGAAUAGUUACGGCCAUAAAAAAAAUCUCCAGCUAAAAAGAAGCAUAACUCAAGAAAUAAAGAGCAGAUUCAAAAUGAGAAUGACACCAAAGUCCUAUCCGGUGCAACCAAAGCCGUAGAUUCUACAGGAGUUGCACUACUCGAGAAGAAACCUAAUAUCGACAUACAUAGCCGCCACUCUCAAACUUCAGAUUGUUUGUAGGUCGCUGUUGGAGUCCUCGUACCGGUGUCAGAUGCACACUCAUAACCAUGUAAUUGUUACAUAUGCAAUUGCGUAUUUUGUAACUGAUGCUGCAGUUUUUUCAGUCUGUUCCAGUGUGCGGGAAACAGUUGCCAGCAGUUGAUUCUCCAGGUUCAGAACGUCAGUCCGAGAAGAAGAAA